CCGGAAUUGCCAUCACGCUGCUCGUUAUCGGCCAUUUUUACAAGUGCAAGCUCCCCGAAACACAUAACACACCACAAUCCCGCUAUUACUGUACAUAUUUACGGAGUAUACCACCGCAGUCAGACGUGAACCACAGUCAUGUCUGACUUUAUUGAGAGCGAGGCUGAGGAGUCAGAGGAGGAGUUCGAAGAGAAAGACCUAAAGCCCAAAAAGACCCAGAGGUUUAUGGAGGAGGAUGAUGAGGAAGAAGAAGAAGAGAACACAGAGGACCAGGAUGAGCGAGGAAAUUUACGUGGACUCAUUGAUGAUGGAGACGAGGAGGGGGAGGAGGAGGAGGAUGAAGAGCGUGCAAGAAGUGCAAGUGGAGGGGGGAGUGACUCAGAGGAGGAAGUUAGGCAUCGACGUAAAAAGCGCAAUUAUGACGACUACCUGGAUGACGAUGAUCUGGACCUAAUUGAGGAAAAUUUGGGUGUUAAAGUGAAAAGGAGGAAGAAGAAAUACGAACGUGUAAAAACACUUGAUGAUGAUGAAGAAGAUGACGACGAGAAGGACUUGAUCGCAGAUGAGAUCUUUCAUGGUGAUGCAGAGGGUGAGCUGGAAGAAGGCGAGGCUGUCGAUGAGCCUCUCCACCACGCAGAGGACGAUGAAGAAGGAGAGGAUGAGGAGUCAGAUAUAGAUGAUUUUAUUGUGGAUGAUGACGGCCAACCCAUCACCAAAAAGAGGGGCAAGAAGUUCUCAGGAUACACAGAUGCAGCCCUCCAGGAGGCCCAAGAAAUUUUUGGCGGUGACUUUGACUUUGCUGACUUUGACGCGGACGCAUAUGACCAGGGUGAGGAGGAGGAAGAAGACCAGGAUGACGAGAGUUGGGACAGACCCAAGAAGCAGACUAAGAGGAGGCAAGGGAGGAAGAGCAUCUUUGAGAUCUAUGAGCCCAGUGAGCUGGAAAGCAGUCACAUGACUGACCAAGACAAUGAGAUCCGCUCUACAGAUAUGCCUGAGAGAUUCCAGUUACGAUCGAUCCCUGUUAAACCUGCCGAGGAUGAUGAGCUGGAAGAGGAAGCAGAGUGGAUCUUCAGACAUGGCUUUUCCACUUUAACGAUCUCCAUGCAGGAGAGCACAGACUAUCUAGACAGGGGGACAACCACAAACUUCAGCAGGAAAGGCCCUAGUACAAUCGCCAAGAUCAAAGAGGCGCUCAACUUCAUGAGGAACCAGCAGUUUGAGGUCCCAUUCAUAGCUUUUUACAGGAAGGAAUAUGUGGAGCCAGAGCUUAACAUCAAUGACCUGUGGAAAGUGUGGCAGUGGGAUGAAAAGUGGACUCAACUGAAGACCCGGAAGCAGAACCUGACUCGUCUGUUUCAGAAGAUGCAGUCCUUCCAGUUUGAGCAGAUCUCAGCUGACCCUGACAAACCCUUGGCUGACGGCAUCCGUCCUCUUGACACAGCUGACAUGGAAAGGCUGAAAGAUGUGCAGACUCUUGAAGAGCUGGGCGAUGUGUACAACCACUUUCUGCUCUACUAUGGUCGAGACAUCCCCAAGAUGCAGAAUGCUGCAAAGACCAGCAAGAAGAGGCUCAAGAAGAUCAAAGAAGUGUCAGAGGAUGGUGAAGAAGAGGAAUUGGAAGUCGAGGAAGAGGAAGAACAGAAAGGACCAGACCUCAAGCUGGCGUCUCGCAGAGAUAUGUACAGCAUCUGUCAGAGUGUAGGACUUGAUGGCUUGGCUAAAAAGUUUGGGUUAACUCCAGAGCAGUUUGGAGAGAAUCUGAGAGACAGUUACCAGCGUCACGAAACAGAGCAGUUCCCGGCUGAGCCUGUGGAGCUGGCCAAAGAUUAUGUCUGCAGUCAGUUCAGCACUCCCGAGGCAGUGCUGGAGGGAACCAGGUACAUGGUGGCCAUGCAGAUCGCUCGUGAACCUCUGGUCAGACAUGUUCUCCGACAGACCUUUCAGGAGAGGGCCAAGAUCAACAUCAAGCCAACAAAGAAAGGCAAAAAGGAGGUAGAUGAGGCUCAUUUUGCCUACUCCUUCAAGUAUCUUAAGAACAAGCCAGUAAAAGAGCUGAAUGGGGAUCAGUUCUUGAAGAUGUGCCUGGCCGAGGAGGAGGGUCUGCUUUCCAUCGACAUCUGUAUUGACCUUAUAGGGGUCAAAGGGUAUGCUGGGGACCAGACGUACUUUGAUGAGAUCAAACAGUUCUACUACAGAGACGAGUUCAGCCACCAGGUGCAGGAGUGGAACAGGCAGCGAACUUUAGCCAUAGAGAGAGCUCUCACUCAGUUCCUGUAUCCUCAGAUGGCCAAGGAACUCAAGAGCAAACUGAUCAUUGAGGCCAAAGAGAGCAUUGUCAGGUCCUGCUGUCGUCGGUUGUAUAACUGGCUCAAAGUGGCUCCUUACCGACCAGAUCAGCAAGUUGAGGAAGAUGAUGAUCUGAUGGAUGAGAGUCAGGGCAAGGGCAUUCGGGUGCUGGGUGUUGCCUAUGCACCCAGCAGAGACACUCCAGUUUUCUGCGCUCUGAUCAACGGGGAAGGGGAGGUGGUCGACUUCUUGCGUCUGCCCUACUUUAUGAAGAGGAGGAAUGCCUUUAGGGAGGACGAGAGAGAGAAGAAGGCCCACGACAUUGAAAAUCUCAAGAGAUUUCUGUCUAGCAAGAAACCUCAUGUGGUAGCUGUUGCUGGGGAAAACCGAGAUGCUCAAAUGAUCAUGGAGGACAUCAAGAGGACUAUCAGCGAGCUUGAGCAAGAGUCCUCUCUGCCCGCUGUGGGAGUGGAACUUGUCGACAAUGAGCUGGCCACACUGUACAUGAACAGCAAGAAGUCUGAGAAUGAUUUUAGGGAUUACCCUCCCCUGCUGCGACAGGCUGUGUCGAUAGCCAGGAAGAUCCAGGAUCCCCUAAUAGAGUAUGCUCAGGUUUGCAGCUCCGAUGAUGAUAUUCUCUGCCUCAAACUACACCCGCUACAGGAACAUGUGGUGAAGGAAGAUUUGCUCUCUGCUCUGUACUGUGAAUUCAUCAACCGUGUCAAUGAGGUUGGAGUGGAUGUGAACAGGGCCAUCGCCCAUCCUCACACUCAGAGCCUGGUCCAGUAUGUCUGUGGUCUUGGACCAAGGAAGGGCUCCCACCUGCUCAAGAUUCUGAAGCAGAACAACACUCGUCUGGAGAACAGAACCCAGCUGGUCACAAUGUGUCACAUGGGACCCAAGGUUUUCAUCAACUGUGCCGGUUUCAUCAAGAUCGACACGGCAUCCCUCGGGGACAGUACGGACUCCUACAUCGAGGUUCUGGAUGGAUCUCGUGUUCACCCUGAGACAUACGAGUGGGCUCGCAAAAUGGCUGUGGACGCCCUUGAGUACGACGAGUCGGCAGAAGAUGCCAACCCAGCAGGAGCGCUGGAGGAGAUCUUGGAAAAUCCAGAACGCCUCAAAGAUCUGGACCUGGAUGCCUUUGCUGAAGAGCUUGAGAGACAGGGUUACGGCAACAAGGGGAUUACUCUGUAUGAUAUUCGUGCCGAGCUGAGCUGCAGAUACAAAGACCUGAGAGUGCCCUACAGAGUCCCCAACACUGAGGAGGUCUUCAACCUGCUCACCAAAGAGACUCCAGAAACGUUUUAUAUUGGUAAGCUGAUCACCAGUGUAGUAACUGGUAUCGCUCACCGGCGGCCUCAGGGCGAGAGCUACGACCAGGCCAUCCGUAACGAUUCCACAGGGCUGUGGCAGUGUCCCUUCUGCCAGCAGGACAACUUCCCUGAGCUCAGUGAGGUGUGGAAUCACUUUGACAGCGGAUCGUGUCCAGGUCAGGCCAUUGGGGUGCGAUCCAGGUUAGAUAACGGCGUCCAGGGAUUCAUUCCCACCAAGUUCCUCAGUGACAAAGUGGUCAAACACCCUGAGGAGAGGGUCAAGGUGGGCAUGACAGUCCACUGCCGCAUCAUGAAAAUCGACAUUGAGAAAUUCAGCGUCGACCUCACAUGCCGCACCUCAGAUUUGAUGGACAAGGCCAAUGAGUGGAAGCUCCCCAAGGACAGCUACUAUGACUUUGACACAGAGUCUGAAGACCAAAAACAGGAAGAGGAGCUCAAAAAGAAACAACAGCGAACACCAUAUAUAAAGCGUGUGAUCGCCCACCCCAACUUCCACAAUAUCAGUUUCAACCAGGCAGAGAAAAUGAUGGAGACGUUGGACCAGGGAGACUUGAUCAUCAGACCCAGCAGCAAGGGAGAAAACCACCUCACAGUCACCUGGAAAGUGGCUGACGGUAUCUACCAGCAUGUGGAUGUGAGAGAGGAAGGCAAAGAGAAUGCAUUUAGCUUAGGGCACACUCUCUGGAUCAAUAAUGAGGAGUUUGAAGAUCUGGAUGAAAUCACUGCUCGGUACAUUCAGCCAAUGGCAUCAUUUGCCCGGGAUUUGCUGGGACAUAAGUACUUCCAGGACUGCAACCAGGGAAGCAAGGAGAAAAUGGAGGACUUACUGAUGAGGACAAAGAAGGAGAAGCCUACUUUUAUUCCUUACUUUAUUUCGGCAUGUAAAGAUCUGCCAGGAAAAUUCAUCCUGGGUUACCAGCCUCGUGGAAAACCACGGGUUGAGUAUGUGACCAUCACCCCGGAUGGCUUCCGUUACCGCUCACAGAUAUUUCCCACAGUGAAUGGACUGUUCCGUUGGUUUAAGGACCAUUACCAAGAGCCGGUGCCAGGCAUCACUCCCAGCAAUAGCAGCCGAACAAGGACACCUGCGUCCCUGAACGCCACCCCAGCCAAUAUCAACAUCGCAGACUUGACGCGAGCUGUCAACGCCCUCCCACGCAACAUGACUUCUCAGAUGUUCAGUGCCAUCGCCGCAGUCACAGGCCAGGGCCAGAACCCCAACACCACCCCCGCACAGUGGGGAUCCAGCCAAUACGGCUACGGUGGUAGCACAGGAGGAGGCGGAGGGAGCUCCUCUGCUUAUCAUGUAUUUGCCACACCUCAGCAACCCAUGGCGACGCCCAUGAUGACGCCCAGCUACUCCUACACCACGCCGAGCCAGCAGGCCUUGGGCACGCCACAGUACACCGGCUCCACCCCGCAGUCCUCCCACUCUCACACCCACGCCCACCCACAUGGAAGCCACGUGUCACACCACAACCAUCAUGGCCAUCACAGCAGUCACCAUGGCCACGCGUCCAGCACGCCGUCAUCCUCAACCUCAUCGAGAGGACGGACUCCACAGCAGCAGCAGCAGCAGCAGGCGCCACCAAAAGCCAGCAGCAGCAACGCCUCUGCAGUGGACUGGGGCAAGAUGGCGGAGCAGUGGCUGAAGGAAAAAGAAGCGGAGGGGCGGAAGAAAGCCCAGAGGAUGACGCCUCGACCGUCGCCCAGCCCCAUGAUCGAGAGCACACCCAUGUCCAUUGCCGGAGACGCCACACCCCUGCUGGAUGAAAUGGACCGAUAGGACACGCAGGGGGGCGUCGCUACACCCCCCCUACCCAAAUCCAUCCUUUGUACUGCUCCUUCAUCUGGAUAACCCUCCACCUUUUGUCUUUCCCACAACCCAUCAGCACUUUCAUCCAGCCGACCAGUAGCUGGAGCCCAGUCCAUCCAGCUGACUGUCCACUCAUACGUUCUCUUCACCUCCUGAUGUUGUAGCUGCAGUUUAUCACUCUGGCAUCAUGGCUCAUCUCACUUCCUUCCUUCCUCUUGUCUUCCUGUAUCUCAUCCCAGAUGUUUCCCCUCCUCACCUCCAGCCGAAUCCUCUGGCUGCUUAGUAUUUUGUACAGUCAGAAUAACACUGUAAAUGUCAUGCAGAAAUGAAAUUGUCAUACAAUGGCAAAAAAAAAGAAACUUGAAAUACGCGACAGCAGUUACAUAUAGGAUAUGGACCUACACAGACAAUGUCAGACAAGCUGUCCUACUAUCUUUAUUUUUGCGAUUGGUUUUAGUUUGAUCCAUGAAUGGUUUUGACAGAGGGGCACAGUUACCAGUUUCCAGAAAUCCACUUUCCCUCCUUUACGGGCGGUGGAUUUUUGCGAGCAGUUGCCAAAAGAGCGCUUUGCCAAGCCAAUCAGGAAAUUUAAUUUUUGUAUGGAAUGCGUCAGAAUGAAUAAAGACUGUUUUUUUCUGUUUGAA